UCCUAUUCCCUCAGCGUGAUCGGUCCCCUCCCGGCCAUUUUUCCUCUGGCUAUAGCGGUGGUGGGCGGCUCACGGGGCAGAGGCGCCCGGCCUCCAGCAAAGACUCACCGUGCCCGAGCUCAAGCCCAGGACGGCGCUACUUGAGAUGACGUAAUGCUUUUGAUUAGGUGCAUUGUAGAUAAAUGUGUCACUCCGUGAUGAGUGCUGGGGUCUUGGCAGGAAUGACGUGGCCGUGGCGGUGGCCCGACGGCACAUAAGCCUGCAGUCCAUCUGCACGGCCCGCAGGGGGCGCCCCUGAGCAGCCAUGCCUGCCUGCCCGGGCUGCUUCCCCGGGAGCUCAUCCUCCAUCCACCCAUCCGCCCCGGGGCCUGCAAGCGCCCCUGCCCGCCCUGCCCGGAGGGAGGACGUGAGGCGGCCAGCAAAGAAGAGCAGGGGACACAGCCGGACCGCUCCAGCUCAGGCCUGGCCCGGCCCGGCGGCGCACGCGCACGCGCCAUCCUGGCUACGCAGGAGGCUGAGAUCGGAGGCUCGCGAUCCGAGGCCGCACGGGCAGGAAGGCCCGUGCAGAGCUCAUCCCACGAAGCUGGAAGCGGGCCCUCCCCAGCGCCCUGGGCGGGGCCUGCGGGAUGGGGGAGGAGGGCACCUGCCCAGGACGCUUAAACGUUCGGAGGAAACCCCGACCACAACAGAGAAGGGAGCCAGCCUGCCUCUGCACGGACGCCCCGGUGCAGUACUGGGACUUGAACUCGGGGCCUGGCAUCCUCUUAGCUGUUCUUACUCAACACUAGCAUCCACCCCUUGAGCUACAGCCCCACUCUGGCUGGGUGGUAGUUGGAUUGGAGGAGCGUGCGUGCGUGCGCGCGUGUCAGCAUGAUGGCCACCACGGAGGACGAGUACCAGGACCCCGGCUUGUUCGGGCCGCCGGGCGGCGGCGGCGGCAGGGAGGCCCACGAGCGCCUCGCGGCCUUCCGGAGGGCCUUCCUGCCCGCCGUGUACCUGGCCGUGUUCGCCUGCGGCCUGGUGGGCAACGCGCUGGCGCUGGCGGUGUACGCGCGCUCGCGGGCGUGGAGGAGCCUGGCCGACCUGCUGCUGGCCAACCUGCCGCUGGCCGACCUGCUGCUCGUGAGCACGCUGCCCUUCUGGGCCUACGCCGGCCUCCACGAGUGGGUCUUCGGCCAGGGCCUGUGCAAGGCGCUGCAGGGGCUCUACGCCGCCAGCCUGUACGCGUCCAUGCUCACGCUCACGGGCAUCACGGUGGACCGCUGCGUGGUGGUGGCCUGGGCCACGCAGGCCCGCGCCCGCGCGGCGCGCUGGGCGGCGUGGGGCGGCGGCGCGUGCGCGCUCGCCUGGGCCUGCGCGCUGCUGCUGGCGCUGCCGCACGCCAUCUACGGCCGCGCGCAGCGGCUCGACCGGCUGGUGUGCCACUACCAGCACGAGCGCGCGGCCACCGCCGCGCUGGCCGCGCAGGCCGCGCUGGGCUUCUUCCUGCCGCUGCUCGCCAUGCUGGUGUGCUACCCGCUGCUCCUCCGGACGCUGUGCCGGGCCCGCGGCCUGCGCAGACACAAGUCCCUCCGCAUCAUCGCCCUGGCCGUGGCGGUGUUCGUGCUCACCCAGACGCCCUACACCCUGGCCAGGCUCGUCCAGGCCGCCAACUGGGAGCUGGCCGCCACGCCCGGCUUCAGCCUCGGCCUGGUCGUGGCCGAGGCCCUGGCCUACCUGCGGGUGGGCCUCAACCCCGUGCUCUACGCCUUCGUGGGCCUCAAGUUCCGCAAGAACCUCCAGAAACUUCUCAGGGAUAUGGGCUGCCACCCCCCCUGGGGGGCGGCGACCCAAUGCAGGUCCUCAGAGGACAACUCCAAGACCGCGUCCGCCUCGCCCCACGCCGAGGCCACCAGCACCUUCCCGCUGUAGGCCCACGGGGCACGCGAGGGGGCACGCGACCUGGGUUUCAUGGAAAGCAAAUAAGACGCUCUGGUGGGCGGCGACGCUCCUGACAUGAA